CUACGAAGACGAGGUUGAUUGGGAAACCCCUCAGGAAUGCAAACCAGGAAAUAAAACUUCUUUUUUCACAAGAAUAAACAAUCCAGGGCUGCACAAACACCUAUCAAGGCUGUUCCUCGUCUCGUCCAUUGCAUCGCAACCCAAGAAACUCAGGGUCAAUUAAGAAUAGCUGUAGACAACUGACACAGAUGACAAAAUGAGUAAAAUUAUUGGAAUCCCCAAUCUUCAGUUUGUCCAUAUUUUGGACCAGAGAACUAAUGUUACUAAGAUAGAAGAAGGGCCACAGUCUCUGUGUCUGCAGACUCAUGAAGUUCUGACAAUGGGUCCCAUUCCCUUCAUCAUUGUCCCUCCAGGUCACUAUUGCACCAUUCAGAAUCCUAUUGUGAAAUAUGAGCCUGGAAAGCUGUCCGAGUUGAGACAUGGACAUUUUGAUGUUCGCUUCCAUGGAGAACCCUUCCCACUCUACCCAGGGGAAGUCCUUUGCCAUGAGCGUAACUUUGGUACCAGCACCAAUGAUUAUUCCAAGGCCAUCAAGAAACUACCGACAUUGAAGGCGAACCAUGGAAUUCGUCUGAAGGCUCGGGUUGACUUUGAUGACAAUGGUACUGCGAGGAGUGCGGAGGACCAAUGGCAGUUGGAAGGGCCAUUGACUUAUCACCCUGAUCCAAAUGUUGAUAUCGUUUGCUACACCAGCCCAACGAUCAUAAUAGAAGGUGAUGCACUUCGUGUCAGGGCGUUGCAGGGCACUGUUGAUUUUGAAGGAAAAGAGCGAGUGACUGGGGAGGAAUGGCUGGUCAGGAAACCUGGUGCCUAUCUUCCUGGAGUAUUUGAAGAAGUUGUCGGUAUAGAGAAGCCAAUGACCUUGACUCUCGAUACGGCACUCCAUCUUCAGGCAGACCAGAACACUGUGGAUCAAUUUGGAAAAGACAGAGCAUCCGGGGAAGAAUGGUUGGUCACUGUUGAAGAAACAGAGUGCUUUAUCCCAGCAAUUGGAGUGCGUGUCAAAGAAACAAUAAAGAAGACCAUAUUGAAGAAUCAUGAGUACUGCGUCGUCCUGGAACCAGUUGACAACCAUGGCAAGAAUCAACUUGGAAAGAAAGAACUGAGAGUUGGUAUCUGCUCAUUCUUCCUCCACCCAGGAGAGGAGUUGGAAAAAGGUAUCCAGCGUUCAUUACUACUUGGACCUGAUGAAGCUGUUGUUCUUACUGCAAUAGAAGCAUUCAAGGAUGGAAUGGCAAAAGGAAAGAAGCGAUGCCCUGGUGACCGCUGGAUGAUCAUGGGACCAACGGAGUAUAUUCCACCAAUUCAGGUCUCCAUUGUCUGCAGCAGGAAAGCCAUUGCUCUUGGCAAGAAUGAAGGAGUUUACAUCCGUGAUGUCCAGACAGGCAAGGUGCGUUCGAUGCUUGGUCCUUGCUCAUACCUCCUGACAGCCUACGAAGAUCUCUGGGCGAAAAAGUUGCCACCUUUGGUCGACAUAAUGCUUAGACAAGGGGGUGUUUAUAGUGCUGCUGGCAGUGACAUCAGAAAGCUAGCCUAUUACGAGCAGUCCAUCGACCCUGCAUUCACAGAAUCUCGUGACAAGUCUAGAGUGGUGACCUACAAGUGUCCAGGGAACUGUGCUGUCCAAGUGUACAACUAUCAAGAGAAGACGGCGCGUGUUGUCUUCGGUCCCGACCUCGUUGUUCUCGGUCCUCAUGAAGAUUUCAACGUUCUCAGUCUCAGUGGUGGCAAACCAAAGAAAGAAGACGCGUUCAAGUCGCUCUGUUUGAUGCUUGGGCCAGAUUUCAUAACUGAUGAACUCGUGGUUGAGACAUCUGAUCACGCUCGACUGAGGAUCCGGCUUGCAAUGAACAACUGCUUUCAGGUUGAAAGGGGAAAUCCAGAAUCCGAAGCCAAGAUAUUUUCAGUCCCAGAUUUCAUUGGAUAUGCUUGUAGACAAGUUGGUAGUCGUGUGCGAGGCUCAGUGGCCCUCACGGCCUUUGAUGAAUUCCAUCGUUACUCAGCCAAGAUUAUCAACACUGCAGUGUUUGGAGUUGAUGAGACUGGAAAAACAAGAGAGGCUCUCACAUUUUCACAAAAUAACUUGGUUGUGACAAACAUUGACAUCCAGAGCAUAGAGCCGGUCGAUUCAAGGAUGCGUGACAGCCUGAUGCAGUCUGUACAAAUGGCCAUCGAGAUUGCAACAAACUCAAUCGAGAGAGCUGCAUCCCAUGAGGCCAAACGGUUGGAACAGAUCGCCAGAGGUCAACUCGAGAGACAGAAACUCGUGAAUGAAAAGGAGGCGGAGAAGGCAAGAACAAAGUUGUGCGAGUUACGUGCUGUGACUGCCGCGGUGGAGUCCACGGGUCAAGCUCAGGCCGAGGCUCAGGCACAAGCGGAGAAGAUGCUUAUUGAAUGCCAGAGUGAAAUUGAAGGUACGAAGUUGAGAUGUGAGGCAGCCGAGAUCGAACACUAUAAUAGCUUGGAAAGCCAGGACAAGUUACGUACUGCCGAGAUAGAAUAUGAGAAAGCGCGAGCCGAACUUGAAGUGGACAAGAUGAAGAAGAUGGCUGCUAUUGAAAUCUUUAAGAUAUCCAGUAUGAUGAAUACAAUUGGGGCAGACACCGUGGUUGCUAUGGCUAAUGCUGGUCCAGCAGGACAGGUGAAACUACUGACGAGCCUUGGCUUGGAAUCCGUCCUCCUCACUGAUGGCAACUCACCGAUCAACCUCUUCAACACUGCGGAGGGGUUAAUCUCAUCAAAGUAACCUGUUAUGAUUAGACCUGAAUGUAUUUGUGAUAAUUGUUGUAGGUUUUCUUUUGUGUAUUAUGCUAGGUUUACAUAGAGUUUACGUUUUAACUUUAAACGUGUCACUUUAAGAACAAAUAAGUCAUUUUCAAAGGGUCGGCUACAUAAGAUUCACCUGUCACAUUUCAGCUUCUUGUCAUGUCAUAUUUUCACGUGUUUACAAACCUAUAGGUCUAUGGAAAAACAAGCUUGUGACAAGUGACCUGUGACGCUUGAAUCAUGACAACAUGUAUCCUGUGUAAACCUGGCCUUACAAAGUGUAUCCCUUCUUUCGUAUAGAUCAAUGUAGACCGAAGGCUAAUGUCAUAAUAUGCUUUCUAACUUACAAAAUUGGCAUAAAAUUAUACCCACAGGAAUCGGGCUGUGUGCUUGUUUUGCCAGUGUGUUCAUGUGGUGGCAAAAUGGAAGUGGUGAAAGUUAUUUCAGACACUUCACCUUCUCACUACAUGCCUGGUGAAGGACAUGUGUCUUCGUAAGGAAUGAUAGGUGUUCGUGUUUAUAUUUCGUGUAAGGAGACCCAGGACUGUUAAUAUUUGAAAGUGCAACACUGCAAUUAAGCCUACUGGGCCUACCAGUACUUACUGGUAAUAGCUGUGAUGAAAAGAUAGUCAUUUUGAUUUAUUGCUAGAUGUACGUAUAUGUUUAAAAAUGUGACUGAAUUAUUUAUUAUAUGUUUACUACUAUAUACUGAUGAAGCCAAUAGCUCUUCUAGGAAUCAAUCACUAAUCUUGUCAAAUGUAUUCGUUGUAUUACAUAAGUGGGACAUACCUCAGGGACCCCCUGGUGUCUGAAUUUGGAGAAUAGAAUAAUCCAGGAUCAUCUUUCAAACUUAAUUAUGAAUAUUUAAUUUCUUUUAAAAAUUCAGAUAUGACCUAUGUAAAGCUCUUGACUGUUACCAAAUGAAUUAUCUUUCUGCCA